UAGGUUUUUAAAUUUUGUCGCUCGAAAUGUCACAGAGCAUUCCAAAAGAAGAAGAACCCAAGGCGUGUACGAUGGACCAARGCAUACCGCAAGGCUGUUGGUAAAGAACUGGCUGUUGAUCCAUCAUUUGAAAUUGAAAAGAGGCGUAACAUACCCAUGAAAUAUGACAGAGAAUUUUGGCAAAUGUCGAUGGAAGCAAUUAAAAAAGUSACUGAAAUUCAAAAGAAGCGUCAGUCUACCUAUGUAAUGCAGCGAUUACGUAAAGGACGUGAAGUUGAACAGCACAGAGAUAUUAGAGAARUCCAAAGAGAUAUGUCACUGAUUAGAUCACCUGCUGCAGGACUGAAACAACGUUUGUUAACUGAAGAAAAACUACUCGAAGAAGAACAAGAAAAUGAUGUGGAGAUGAUUGCUACAGAAGACGAAAAUAACAUUGAUCAUAGUAAAUUAUCUUACAUAAAAAUAUAAAAUAUUUAAAUAUUUGUAACUGUUCAA